UUGUAUCGAUUCCACAGCCGGCACUCUUCCCAUUUCAACGGUCAAAUCCAAAUCCAAAUCCAAAUUAGUUUGCAAUUAAAAGGCACAGACACGUAGGGUUCUGGCGUUCACAAACGCAAAGAUCUAAAUGAUCGACGACGCCAAAAUGAACGGCUUUGAUGAGCUUCCGGACUCCCUCAUCCUUCUGAUCUUCAACUCGGUCGCCGACGUCAAGUCCCUGAUCCGCUGCCUUGCCGUCUCUAAACGUUUCAACGCACUCGUCCCGCAGACUGAAUCACUCACAUUAACAGUCGACCGAGUCAUCUCGCCCGACUCUGACUCCGAUUCACUCUUCGUCACCUUCCUUAAAAUCUUCUUCAAAUCUCUCCAUGACCUCUUAACCACCUCAAUCAAACCCCACAACCCGACCGGAACGCUGGUCCAGAACUCACCCGCCCAAAUUUUAACGAAGUUCGAUCGAGUCAGGAGUCUUAGGAUAGAGUUGCCCGCGGGUGAUCUAACUUCAGAUAAAGGCUUAUCUGUGAAAUGGAGGGCGGAGUUCGGUAGAAGCUUAAAGAGUUGCGUGAUAAUCGGGUUUAAGUCGGUUUCAACGGCAGCAACUAGCGAAACUCCAGGAGAAGGAGGUGAGAUGGACAUUGCUGGAGGAUUAAAGACCAGAGUGAUGUGGACAAUAAGCGCGUUAAUCGCGGCUUCAGCCAGGCACUUUAUGCUGGAAGAGGUGGUUAGAGAGCAUGAAGAGAUGGAGAGGUUAGUCCUAACUGAUAGAGAAGGCGAGGGUACAGUGGUGAUGGAUAAACAAGGGAUGAGAGAGUGUAGGUUAGGGGGGGAGCAUGUUAGGGAAGGGGAAUGUGAGAGGAGUCGGACGGUGGUGCCGAGUGUGAAAAUGCGGAUGAGACACGAACCAAAGCUGAUGCUCAAGGGCGGCGUUUGGGUGGAGGGCGCCACGCUUGUGGUGGUUAGGCCGAGUGAGGGGAAAGAUGACGUUGAUGACAGUGAACUAGCACUGGCGGCGUUUGGUGAUGGGAUUCAUAGAGAAGCUGCGCAGGAAUUGCUUAAGAGUAGGAGUUAUAUGUUAGAAAUGAACUCGUUUUGAUGUUGGAGGAGUUUAGUUUUGUUGGGUUUUCCUUUUGUUUUAGUAAUUUGUAACUACAGUUGGAUUGUAUGUAUAUAAUCUUGGUUCAAUAUCAUAAAUUCCUGUAACAAGGAUUGCCAUCUUCUGUUACUUUUUUCAA